CAAUAAAGACAUCUUGUAUCUUGUAUACUGAAGACGUGUCCUGUUGUAGGGAAGGCCUGGUGACGGCUAAGGUUGCCUCUGAGAAACUGAAAAACAUGAACGAACAGAUGCUGAAACUAAAAGAACAGGGAAGGAAAGUCGACCAUUUGACGACUGAAAAGGAGAACCUACAGAAGCAGGUUUUUAAUGCCUUCAAACAAGUGAAGCAGAAGCCGAUAGACCAGAGUGGUGGAGCUGUGCUGAAACAUGCUGCUGCAGAGGUCAACGGUCUACUGAAGAGGAUCAGGACAGAGGGAGAGGAUGCUGUUGCUGUCAUGGAGGCACAGCUACAGAAGCUGCUGACACAGCUGGAGGAACAAACUGUCAACAUGAAUAUGAUGGCUGCUGAAUUGGAAGAGAGGAAACUGAUGUACCAAAAAGUGAUGGAGGAGAACACCAAGCUGACCAAUGAGAAGCUCCUGAUGCAGGAGAGGAUGGAGAAAACCCUGGAUGAGGUGGUCAGGCUCAAGAAGGCAAUGAAGGCUCAAGGUCAGGUGGAAGAAUCAGCAGGGAUGAAAGUCAAGGUCAAGGAGGGCAAGUGGCAAGAUGAAGAUGGAAAGUGGUAUGACCCAACAACUCUCCUGGUGCACCUUAGAGGUCUGAGAGUGAAGGGCACAGAGACUGAAAAGGAGAUCAGAAGACUGAAGGUUCAGUUAGGAGAGAUAAAGGCAGCUCUCGAAGUCAAGGAAACAGAAAACGAUGCUUUGAUGAUUCAGCUAAAAUGCCGGCCCAAAGUGGUAAAGUCCAAAGUGAGGGUGGAGCACACAACAACAGUCAGGUCAGAGAUGACUGAGACGGUACAGAGUCCACAGGAUGCAGCUGACAGCUCUACGUGUAGUCGGUGUGGCCUGUCUAUACAAGACCAAGCCUCAGCCUCAACAGCCACAAAGGGAGGACAGGAAAAAAGCUUUGGGCAGGUCAAUAUACAGGCGACACCAGUACACAUGAAGUCAACUCUGGAGAGGGAACAAGAUGAUUCAAAAGUCAUCGCUGCACUGACCCAAGAGAACCAGGAGUUCAAAAAAAGUCUGAAGAUGACAAAGAACCGCUUGGAUAUUGCACUGGAGGAAAUAGAAAGACUGAAAGCUGAACUAGAGGAUCUGAAGAAGAGUCAGGCUGAGACACAGUACAUGUACAUGGGUCCUGAUGUCAGUAUGGUGAUGGGUGAUGUAUCUGAUGAUGAGGAGAUAGAGAUCAUGCACCAGGACUACACCAGGGAUGACACACAGAGUCUACACACCAUCCAGGGGACAGAGUUUGGAGCCGCUGCACCUGACCAGAGUGUCCUGCAUGAUGGCCGAGGCUCCACCCUGCCUACCAAGUCACCCUACCACCCCGAGUCUCUACUGCCUGGGGGAGAUGCCAGCCCUGCUCCUCCCAACACUCCAACAGACAGGGAGGACAGCAGUAGAGAUAAGGAAGUGUUGGUGCACCUGAUUCAGCCUGAGAGCCACCUGGCAGCUCCCACCCGCAGCAGCACCCUGAUGCAGCGCCUGUCACACGCACCUGGGGAACACCUGGCACUGGAGGAGGACGCGGACCCCAGUCAGGCCAGUCUGGUUGUGGAGGAGUUCCUUGUCAAACACAAAGCAGUACAAUGUGACCUACAGUCACCAGUUCUGCAGACAAGCAGUUCAACCUUGAAUCACACAGGGUCUGCUAGAAAGAUCCUGAAGUCAGAGACAGCUUCAGCCAUGUUGAAUGGGGAGGAGCCAGCAGUGGUGGAGUGGGAAACUACAGCCUCGCUCAAGAGGCUGCAGAGGAAGCUGGAUGACAUCACUGACCACAUCCUGGCAGUGACAAAGGAGGCCAUGAACUUUGUGUCUAAGGAAGGAGGAGCCAUGCAGACAGCCAACUCCAAAAUCAGGGAGAGGAUGUCUGACACAGCACUGGUGGGAGCUCAGAAUGACGAUGAAAACACACUGCUCAAGAAAUAUCCAGCACUGAUUGGAGGAGCCCGUUUUAAACACAGGCCAACCCAGGCUAGUAUGGGCUGCUUACAGCUGACAGAGGAAGACCCUGAGGAUGAGACAGCAGCACUACCAGGUGUCAUCAUGAAAGAGAAGCUGAAGUCCCUGGGACAACAUGCUGUGGAUGUGUUUGGGGCUAUGAUGAACUUGGCCCAUGCUACGGUCAAGUAUCAGUUCCAGGACUAUGUGCACCUGCACCAGGUGAUGAAGCCCAAACACAGGCAGCAGAUGAAGGAACUAAUGAACCUGUUGGAAGGUGUAGAAGAAGAUGAUGAUGAUGAAGACGAUGAUUUAACCUUUAGAGGUACAAGGAGGAGGUCCUCCAUCUUACACAAAUACUUCCUGGACAAUCGUAUGGAACAGAAGCUGAGGAAAACCAUGCAGGUGAAAGGUCUGAGAACCAUCGGCAGUGGCUUCCAGCUAGACACUCCUCCUCGACCAGCUACUGACUCACAACAGGAGCCCAGACUGGUGCUGUCUAAGAGCUUUGUGCAACUGCGAAGCACAGUUUCGCGUGUGGGGACUACAGCGUCGACUCAGAGACCAGAACUAGAGAUCCCCAAGGCCACAGUCCCUCGGGCUGGUCUACCUGUACUGGUGGUGGGGCUGGGCAGUAGGAAAGGAGCCCAGACAACCUAUCCCCGGGCCAGGAAAGGCAGUAUACAGCCGUGGAGGGACACUCAUCUCUACAAAAUGACCGCCCUGGACCCCAACUACAGACUGGCCAAGCCUGGGGCAAAGGUGACGGCAACAAAGCUGGGCUCAGGGUUUACUGUCCCCGUGAAGUUCUCAAAACAGGAGCCUAAACCAUUCAGCAAGCCGAAGAGGACAACUCAGGUGAAGUCUCGGCCUACUAAAGAAGCAGACCCCCACCCCGCAGGACUGACCUUCCCCCUCCCCACCCUCAAACCCACUCGUCUGCAGGGCAAACGUGCAAGAGGCACCAUCAGUACCUCCAGGGUCCAGCAAAGCACCGGGGACCACAGGACGGUUCUACCACUUCUAUUUGUGACCAGCAAACAGAAAUGA